AUGGCAAGUUUAACUUAGAUGACAGGGUUUUUUACGAAACAAAGAAAAAACAACAAGACCUUCAAAAUAUCGUAUUUCUUUGUUGACUCUUAUGGCACAAUGUAUUACCUAUCAAAUCUAGCACAAUUAAACUACUAUAUCAAAAAUAGUAAUAGCGAAUUAGAUAUAAUCUCUAAAUUAGAGAGUUCAAAUGCCAUAUCCAAAAUGUCUAUAUAAAAUUGCAGAAUCUCAGGAAUUAAAACUUUGUAGGCUUAUGACAAUGUCCCAUUUUAUCAUCGAUAGCAUUUUGAACUUCAAAUUUCAUAAAAAAAUGUCAUCAAAGUCCUUCAAGUCUAUUCAACAAUCGAGGAUGACAUUGAAAUAUUAUAGGAAGUGAUCAAAUAAGGAUCCCAAAAACAGAGACCAAUUUAAUAAAUGCAAUAAAAUUUAGAAAUUGAGAAGAAAAAUGCAUUUAUUGAGGAAAUUUUGCAGUUGCUCAAAAAGUAUGAAGGAGAAGUCAUCAAUGUUAAUGCAAAUGAAAUAUAAUAAGAUAGUAAAUUGUAUUACACAGGUCAAAUAGUAGAUGGAAAGCCAGAAGGAUAAGGAACAUUAUUUUAUAAUUUGGAAGGCAUUCAUUAUAAGGGUAGCUUUAAAAAUGGCAAGAAACAUGGUGUAGGUUACAUAGCGAACAGUAAUUUAGACCAAAUAGAUUGCGAAUUCGAAGAUGAUAUUUUAACUGGUAUUUGA